AAAAUGAAUGUUCUUGCCCUCCUUAUUUUUGUGUCAUCGAUUUCAAUGAUGGUUCGUUCAACGCAAGCGGAGGUUUCAGAAGCCGGCAUAAGUAUGGCCAUCACGGUGCUUCUGAUGUCUCAGAUGUUUUAUAAACUGGACGCUCAGCAGUGUAUAAUUCGAGGCGAAUAUUCCAUCCGCGGCAUGAUGUUAAAAGGAUAUACCUACAUCGAGGAGAAGACCGGAAUCUGGCUUAAUUGUUUAGACAAGUGUGAUGAUGACAUCAGAUGUCAAAGCUUUAAUUACGUCAUCAGCCAAAGCAUAUGUGAGUUGAACAACCGCACCAAAGAAGCCAGACCUGAAGAUUUUGUUCCGGACAGCGAUCGGUUCUAUAUUAAACGAUUCAGGGAAAGAGUUCCUAUUGGAUCCGUUCCCGAGUUGCCAGCUGAGUCGUGCGCCGAGAUCAGGGCGAGUGAAGGAGAAGAUGCAGUCAGCGGUAAUUACUGGUUCGAUUCAAUUAAACCUGGCGAAGUAGUCCCGGCUCGUUGUGACAUGUCUAAACUAGAUAUCGAUGACUGCGCAAGUCAUCCAUGUAAGAACAACGGGACCUGUACAGACCGAGUGAACGGAUUCAACUGCAGCUGCGCACCAGGAUUUAAUGGAACACAGUGUGAAAUUUCCACAGGCUGUGCUGACAGUUACAAAUCUGGAGAAAGGAAAAGCGGUGUUUAUACGAUCAACCCAGAUGGUGCAGGGAUCAUUAAAGUGUUCUGUGACCAAACAAAAGCCGGAGGAGGGUGGUUAGUAUUCCAGAAGAGACUGGACGGCUCGGUGGAUUUCUACCGAGGCUGGACCGAGUACAAACGUGGCUUUGGAUCUCUGACUGGUGAAUUUUGGCUCGGGCUUGACGAGAUACACCGUCUGACUAGCAGUGGAAGAUAUAAGCUUCGUGUUGAUCUGGAAGACUUUGAUGGGAACACCUAUUACGCCGAAUACGAUUUCUUUGAAGUGGCGAGUGAGGGAGAGAAAUACAAACUGAGCGUGGGAAGCUACACAGGUUUGAAUUUUUACGUUCUUUGAUAACUAUUAUCUCAGUUAGAACGAAUUCUGUUGGAAUUAAGUACCAACAGACCCAAUAAGCACCUUGAUUUCUUUCAUCUCGUACCAAGUUGUGGAAAAUUUGUUUCUUGGUAGGACCAAACUGAAGUUUGUCAUAGUAUUUAUAAUCACUUACUAAAUGGGGGGUUGUAUGUAAUAAGCAACCAAAUGACUGUCAUUUUUGUGACACGCAUAAGUGGAAAUUUUUCUUUGACGAAAGCCAGGCUAUGGACAAAGACAAGAUGCCAAAGGAAUCUUUUCCCAUAAAUUCGUUGGCCCACUGAUUCGGAAAGGAGCCAGCGCUUUUACCCCAAACUCAAUAUCGGGGAUGAACGAAGGUCGACAGGGGGACGGCAGAAUUCGAGCUAGUAAACUUCACAAGUUUCCUUUGGCUUGUUAUCACAGCUUUUGGUUUCCUCUUUUUUUUUUUUUUUUUCAUUUUCG